GCAGGAGGAUCUGGAUCUCUCUUACAGAUUCAACUGUGUUAAAUAGUGAAGUAAUCAGGGUGAAAACGCGUUAAAGCGAAGUAGAAUGUAGAAGAUUAAAUCAGUAAAUAAUAGAUUAGGGUUUGGUGUUUGGUGUUUGGUGUGUAUUAGAAAUGGUACUCUGCAGCUCAGUACUGAUUUUCCUCGUUUUCUCUUUUCAUCUGUCAUCAGCAGUAAAACACUCUCUGCAGUACAUUUACACUGCAGUUACACCAGGACUACAUUUCCCAGAGUUCACUAUUGUGGGUCAGGUGGAUGGAGAGCAGUUUAUGUAUUACGACAGUAACAUCGGAAGAACUAUCCCAAGGACGCAGUGGAUCAAGAACAUUGAGGGAGAAGAUUACUGGAACAUGCAGACAGACAUUGGGUGGGGAACUGAGGAGAUCUUUAAAGUCAAUGUGGAUAAUCUCAUGGGUCUCUUCAAUCAGACUGAAGGAGUUCACACAGUUCAGUGGCUGGUGGGCUGUGAGGUUGAGGUUGAUGGUGACCGCACUGUUGGAGGAUAUAAUCAGUACGGUUAUGAUGGAGAUGAUUUUAUCAGCUUUGAUGUGAACACUUUAACCUGGGUUGCUCCUGAACCUAAAGCUCAGAUCACCAAGUACGCGUGGGACAGUGAAACGGCUGAGAAUAAGAAAGAGGAGAAUUACCUGAAGAACACCUGUCCUAAAUGGCUACAGAAAUACGUGAACCACACUCUGGAGAGGAAAGUUCAUCCUGAGACAUUUCUGUUCCAGAAAGGAUCCACUUUUCUAGUGGUGGUAUGUCAUGCUACAGGUUUCUUCCCCAAAGCACUGAUGAUCUCCUGGCAGAAGGACAGUGAGGACGUAUUCGAGGAUGUGGAGCUCAGAGAAACGUUACCCAAUGGGGAUGGAAGUUUCCAGAAGAGGAGCAUUCUGAAAGUCCCAGCUGAGGAGCUGCAGAAACACAACUACACCUGCAUCAUUCAGCACAGCAGCUUGGAGAAGGAUGAAGUGCUGCCUGUGAACGGGCACCAAAUCCUAAAAAGUAGAGUAUGGAUUAGUAUCAUCGUUGGUGUUUUUACUUUUGCUGUUGUCGCUGGAAUUGUGUUCUGGAAGAUCUUAAGGAGACCCCAGUAGUGUGAUGGUCUUCCUGAGUUUGGAUGGAGGAGGUUUCUCUGUGUAAAUUCUCUCAGAUUUAAACCUGGGGGUCUGUACUUCAUACCUACAUAACUACAUUUGUGCUCCAAUGACACAAGGCAGGUGGGCAGAUAUUUGGAAUCCAAUUUGAACCAAGUUUCCUCAGUUGCUUUGGAACAUUUCUCGAAUUAUCCUUAAUAUUUGCAAAUCAGUGCAUUUCUCAAAACUAUUUCUCCAAAGAGCACAAAACUGGAUUUCUUGAAAAACCUGCACUUUUCCCAAGUUCCUUCGUUCAUCUAUCAAAAGUCAGGAUUUGUGUCAAUGAACAUCUCAUUCCCAGUUUCAGUGUUUUUCAGCUGUAAACUAGGGUUUGGGUUACAGUGAUCGAAAAUUUACGAAAUCUAUGAAUUUUAGCAGCACAAAUGGAUUAAUUUGACAGGAUUUACACUGAACUGUAAAAGCAUUUUCAGAAAUUGUAAUUCUGUGUUUUGUUCUGUCUGUCGCCAACUGAAGGUCCACAAGAUUAACCUUUGACCUGUUUCAGAGGACUAGUUGAUCAUUGGUUGAUCUGAUGAAUAAAUGUUUAAAAGGAAUUUAAGCUUGAUAGAUUCUGACAACUGGUUUAAUCAUUUGGCUUUCAAUGACUUACGCAAUGAACUGAUGCUGAGAGGUUUUGGGGGUUAAAACUAUUCAAGUGAAACGUGAAUAGUUCGAAUCUCGCGUUCCUACUUUAUCGCGAUUUUCAUUUUGGCACAUAACUAUUUUGUUUCGCGAAUGGUCCCAAUUUAUCGAGUAAAAUCUAAACUUAUAGUGAAUUGUUUUUAUGGAGUUUUAUGUUGAAAUACGGAAAUUUAUUAUUAGAAAUAUAAUUAUUCAUUAUAAAAUGAAGUAAAAGUUUACCUGAAAUAGACAAAGAACACGCAGUGGGUGGAGUUAAAGAGAUACGUCACCAGAUUUAGCUAAUUAAAAUAAAGAAUGCAGUAAAGUGUGAAUCUUUAACCCAGCCCCUUUUUUGACAUCAUAGGAUACUUCAACCAAUAAACAAGCCGAGAAACUACGCAUAGGCCACGCUACGGUACUGUACUGUACAGUACUCACUAUAAAUGUGAUAUUUCUACAAAUUUACACAAAAUUCAUCUUGCAAAUGUUUUUUGUGUGUGUUUAAAGAGUGUGGAAGGAUGAUUUAUGGUUGAUGAUUUUAAAUAAUAAAAAAAAAAAUGUUUAUUUAUCGUGAAGAUUCCUUUUGCGUGAUCGGUUUGGGCACGUAGCUACAGCGAUAAAUGGGAAAGACUGGAAUUUGAACAACAUGAACAUAAUGAUAAUGUGGAAACACCAGACACUUGUACACAAGCAACAAAAUAAAUAUGCAAAAGAUUCGCACUUUCAUCAAAGCAACAAAAGAAUUUGCUUUAUGAUGUGUACAAGUGACUCCAAGAGGUGAAAGUUGAACAAGUCAUUUUGAGAAUUUCAUUUCUGAUCUGAGAUACGCUUUGAAGCAGCUGAGAAAAACCUGAAAAUUACAUUAUAAAAUUAAUUUAACUUUUACUUAAGUAUGUUUUGUUUAAAAGUGUUGUACUUAACAUUUAAAAUUGUAUCCGUUACUAAGUCAAAAAAUAAAGAAAUAAAAAUAAUUAGAAACUACUGCACUGAUUGGUUGAUGGGCAAAGGACAAACGUUAACUCGCAAGAAAGAAGGAUGGAGAUGGACAGGACAGAUAAGACAGUGAUGCUGAGACAGCAGAACAUUAAAUGCUAAAGUCGAAUUGAAAAUUGUUCACAGUGGUGGACAGAAAAGAAGUAAAUGUAAUUUGUUAGUAGCUUCAUCAUUUAUCUGUACUUUACUGAAGUGUUUCCAUGUGGGAAGAUUUUUACUGUACCUUCACUACAGUCAAAUUUCUGACGUUUUACUCAACUACAUUUUGUGAAAUCAGUCGUUUUUUUUAUUUAUGAGUGAAUAAAAACUGACGCAGCAAGUCACCAAUCAGGGUCGAGUGUGUGCCUUAUUUUAAACUUGUUUAGAUUUGGAUCAUUUUACUCUACUUUAACUCAAUGUUUGUGCACUUGUCCUCCACUGGAGUCUUUGUAUCUAUGUAUAAUCUGUAUUACACGUCAUGUUAACCAAAGGGUCAGUGUACCUUUACUUCCUUGCUAAGUAAAUUAUAUUUUGCUAUUCAUUUUUUAUUUAUUUACCUA